AUGAAAAUCGUUGUAUUGGCGCAAACGUGUGCAGUGGAAGAUGUCGUGCAGGACGCCAAUGAACCCGACGGUAGGGCACUCGGCACCGUUUUCAUGUCAGACGUUGCGAUAACGCAGCAACGGUGGUAUCGAUAUUGGCUCUCGAGUAGAAGCAGAAAGGAAGCAGCAGAAGGACGGGCGUUCGAACCUAUCACCAAUAUCGAUAAAGGGAUUGCAACGGUCAUUCUUGGUGCUAUCGAAGGCCGUUUGGCGCAUACAAUGACCGUUGUAAUUGCGAAACAAGUGCGCGCGAUUCAUGGAGGGCUGGGUGCAAUUCGGCGUUUGCGAGGCACUCUCGAUGGCCUUGCAAGAGCGAGCGUCUGUUUGCGAGUGCUCAUGGUUGGGAAACGAGAAAGGAAAUAA